CUCUCAGCCAUUUCCAUGGCGACAGCUCAAGGGACAUCUUGUGCCCUGGUGGUCGUGGGUGUUCCGCUUUGCACGGGCAACAAGUACUCGCCCCGGCUGACCAUGCGACGCGUCUUCGAUACCAAGUGCUUUCGCACGGAGCACUACCGUCAUGAGAUCGGCAAUCACUACCGCGACUACCAGAUACAGCAGCACCUCCAUCUCCGUCAGAAGCAUCCGCUUGCCCACCGCCACCAAAAGAGGCGUCAUCGACAGUUAUUCAUUAGGGUCGCAGGAUUAGGACUAGCAGCGGAGGCAUCUAGAAUGUCCAUCUCAUUAGCAGCGCCAACAUAUGCGCAGCUGCGCGAUGUUUGGCCCACCUCUGUGCAGUACUUCCCCAGAUUCGACGAUACGUAUGCAGCCCGUGGACGGGCAACAAUUUGCUCAGAUGACCCGCCCGAUGAGACCUACAACGACGCAGUGCGCCGAAUAAAGAGGGCCCAAAGCUUCGACCAGCUAAAGAAGCUUCGACGUCGGCACAACACGAGGACCCGCAAUGAUGUCAGUGGAGAAGACGACGGAGACAGCAACGGCAACGGCAAUGGCAAUGGAAGAAGCAGAAGCAGCGACAGCGGCAGCCGUGUCAUUUAUAAUCUAAAUAUUUCUAAUAACCAGGUGGAAAGCCUACAACGACAGCCCCACAGAGGGAGAUUGGACUUCUACACAUAUUUGCAACUGGCCAGCGGAUACUACGAGCGAGGGUUGCACGCCAACAUCAAGUACUUGGAAUCGAUUGGCCAGCGUAAUGCAAUAAGGCACACGCUGCAGUUGCAAUCGCAGUCAUCUUUGUCGUCGCCUCGCGUUGUAUUGGGCACAGUCGACAGUUCUAGGGAGCGGCAAGCAGCGGAUCAGAAGUUGAACGCCAGAUUUUUUACGCUACUGAAGGGAUUACGGCGCAAGGCGGCAAGUAGUUCGAGGAAGCGAGGGAAAAGCUGUCCGCCAGAACCCAUCAGCGUGCAUAUAAGACCCUUGAAACUAGCAGCAGAUAAGUCAUGUGCUGGGGAAGCAGUAGUAGGUGAAUGCAGCUCGGAAAUAAAAAGGGCAGUGGGGCCGGCGUCUAGGAUUAUGUGUGAUUUGUAUGCCCAGCAUCGCAGUCAGCAGCAUCAUUCAAAGAGCAACAAUCAGAAAAGCACGUUGGAUCAGCUGAAAAUAUACGAGAUCAUCGAUAACUUAAGCCAUCUCAGCUUGAGCGAUAGUAUCAGUAUCGAUAAUCCGCAGCUCAAACUACCGCAAAUUACGCUUACCGACUGCACCCACAAGGUGGCGCUUUACAGCGCGAGUUUUGAUAUUGCCGCCGUCAAUCAAUUGCAGAUACCCAUCGAAGCCAGACCCCUGACCAGACCACCAACAUAGCCAAAGCAACGUUGAACUAGCAGCAAAAACUCGCAGCAAUUGCAAUUAAAUAGAAACAAACUAAAAA